AUGUGUGAUACAUCAGGGAGGCUCGACGGGAAAGUGGCCGUGGUCACCGGCGGCAGCUCCGGUAUUGGGUUCGAAGCUGCAAAGAACCUGGCCUAUCUCGGGGCAAACGUAGUGAUAGCCAGUCGCAACGAGACGAAACUGGCGAAGGCGAGGAAGAGAAUACAAAACGUAACUGGUAACCGAAACGUGUCAUACAGACUCCUCGAUCUUAGCUCUUUGAGAUCCGCGCGCAGUUUCGCGGAAGCAACCAUCCACGGUGAGGGGAGGCUGGAUAUACUGGUUAAUAAUGCGGGAGCCCUAGGCCUCUCCGACCGGUUGACAGACGACGGGCUGAAUCUCACGAUGCAAGUGAACUACUUCGGCACGUUCCUGCUCACGUAUCUGUUGCUGCCUCUGUUGAGGAGUUCGUCGCCGAGCAGAAUCAUAACGGGCGUUGCGGCGGCAAUGUACAUCGGGCACUUGGAUUUCGAUCAUUGGAACGACAUCGGCAGGUACACCUCUGUGGAAGUCCUCGCCAACUCCAAGCUCGCGGCUGACUUGUUCACAGCGGAGCUGAGCAGGCGUUUGGAGAGCACGGGGGUCACGGCAAACACCUACGACCCGUACGUCGCCAGAGACACCAACAUCCUGAACAACAUAGACGGCCUCACGCGCAACAUUUCCCAGCUUUUCGUGGACCUGGUGGGCCAGCCGAAGGAGGAGGUGGGGAAGCAGAUCGCGUAUUUGGCAGCGGAGCCCGCGCUGGCGGACGUGAGCGGAAAGCACUACAAGUUCUGCCGCGAGUGGAUCAACCAUUGGCUGGUGUACGAGAGCGAGUUGACCGAGCAGCUUUGGGAUGCCUCGAAGAAGGUCGUCAACGUGACGGCUGACGAGGAUUGGGAGGUU